AUGGGUCAGGCGCCCUUCUUCUACUACAACCCGGAUCCCACAAGUGAGAAGGCACGCCAGCACGGCCACUUCACACCGCACCCGUCGGGCCAACAACAGCAAAUGUUCCACGCACAGAUGCUUUUGCAACGGCCGUCGUCUUCAUCGAGCUCACCAUCAACACCAUUCCAGCAGAGCUUCAACCACGCCAUGUUGACACCUGUCGCGUCGCCUCAGCCCAUGUACCAGAAGCCAACAAUCCUGGUCCAGCCUCAGGACUCGCCCUUCUUGCACCCGAUCGACACCGACUUCAAGUUCGUGCCCGCCACACCGCCGCUUUCAUCGUGUGGAAGCAGCAUCAGCAGCCCACCAUCGUCCUGCGAUGUUCUGCCUACGCCGAUGCAACCGUUCUUUCCAGGUGAGGGCAUGGAGGGCGUCAAGCAGGGUUGUGAAGAGGAGGUUUUCACCGAGAUUCUUGCUCCAGGCGCAGACUGGCCUGGUUCGGCUUCGCCACCAAUGACUCCAGUUUACAUCCAGCCACAGGCGCAAGCGCUUGGACAGGGGUCUUACCUUCUGUCUGCGACUUCUUGCCCCUCUCUCACUCCUUCACCCUCACCGCGCCCGCCCUUCGCGGAGGCUGAGAACAACUUCUGCAACCCGCAGGAUCUGCUCAACAUUGCGGCUACCUCUGGCCCGUGCCUGCCUACGCUUUUCUCGGGUGACGAGGAGCACCGAGUUGUUCUCAAGGGUGAGACUGCCAAGGCUUUUGAGCCCGUCCAAUCAUUUACCCCCAACGGCCUGCCUGCCUGGGAGCCCCUUUUGGAUUUUGAGCUCGAUUCCGAGGACGACUUCAACACCAGCUUUGUCACCUACCCGUCGACCGAGAACGCCCACUUCCUUGGCAACAAGCGUCAGCGCACCGAGGUGCCUGAUCUCAUCACUCCUGAAGAGGACUCGUUCACCGACGAGAGCUACCUCGACUCUGAGGACGACCUUGUUUUCAGCGGUAUGCCUUUGACCCCGUGCUCUUUUGACAGCGAGAUGUCUUCCGAGCCUGCGCCCAAGAAGCGCUCCACCAAGAAGGCGUCCAGGGACAGCAGCGACAGUGAGUCGACCGAGCAGCCGCAGAACUCGGGUGACAACACUCAGUCUGGCGCUUCAAGUCAGCAUGGUGCCAACGACGACGCGAUGACCUCCAGCUCGGAUGACAACGCCUCCCCGCCUCCUCAGCCAACCAGCCGACGUGGUCGCAAGCAGUCUCUUACUGAGGACCCAAGUAAGACUUUCGUCUGCCAGCUCUGCAACCGUCGCUUCCGUCGCCAGGAGCACCUCAAGCGUCACUACCGCUCUCUCCACACGCACGAGAAGCCUUUCGAGUGCACUGACUGCGGCAAGAAGUUCUCACGUUCCGAUAACCUCUCGCAACACCAGCGCACCCACGGUGCCGGUGCCAUGGUGAUGGGUGUCCUUGAGCCGAACGAGAUAUCUGGGCAGUCUGAUGUCAGCUACACCCAUCAGGAUCCCGCCAUGCUCGGCCAGAUCUUGUACUCGGCUGCCGCCAACAUCUCCAGCUCUUCAAGUUCGGACGGCUUCUCGACGGACCUCGACGCCUCGCCCAUCUCCAAGAUGCGCAAGCGCAGACGGGACGAGUAA